AUGGAAAUGGAGCCCUUCUCGCCCGAGGUCCCGCCGUCGGCGUCCAGUGGUGCGUCCCCGACACACUCGAACGAGGAUGGGGCGGGGACGGCGACCAAAUCGCCGGGCACGUCGGGGACCACCGAUAACAGGAAUGCAGGCCCACCACCGCCUUCUGUGCCUGCGGCCUGUCUCGCCUGUAGAUCGAAGCAUCUGAAAUGUGACGGCUCAACUCCCUGCUCCCGCUGCACGGCUUCCAGCUCGGAAUGCGUCUACGUCGCCUCCCGCCGGGGCUACAAGGGCCCGCGAAGGAAUACCGCCGCAAAUCCCAACAAGCGGCACGCAUCGUCGUCGCCUCCGGCCUCCACGGGCACCGCCGACAACUGCCCGAUGCUGCUCGGCGCAACCCCGGUCUCGCUGCCGGCAUCCACCAUCUCCGCGUUCAGCCCGGCCAUCGUGCUUCCGGACACCCAGCCGCCCUCCCCCUUCACGACGAACCCGUCAUUGUCAAAUAUCCAGUUGUACCGGAACCCCUUUGCCACGGCAGUUAACGGGUCCAGAAACCUGACCCUUGCGACAAACCCGGCCCAUGCCACUGCGCCGCCAGCUUCAAGCCUCCCGGAGCGGUGCUUCGAUGCCUUCUAUCACUAUUUCCACGCCGGCCAUCCUUUCGUGCUGCCAAAGGAGGCGUUGCUGCGCAUCAUGAAAGAUGGCACGACAAAACUGGAUGCUCUCAUCGCCGCCAUGCGUUACAUUGGCUCGUUGUAUGUCGACGCCGGCCCUGCCCGCGCUCACUAUCUUGACGAGGCUAUUCGGUUAUGCUACCAGCCCACCACCCCCAAGGAUGGCUUCCUGGUCCAGGCACUCCUGGCCAUCAUCGUCGGGCUGGACGGCAGUUGCGAGCAGGAGAGGGCGCGGGAGCUCCUUUCCGACUGCGAGCGGAUCGCCCUCGAGAUCAACCUCAACACACGGCCGUUUGCCGCAAUGCACGGCCGAGGAAACCCGGUGCUCGAAGAGAGCUGGCGCCGCACGUGGUGGGAUCUCUACGUCUGCGACGGCAUGAUUGCCGGCGUGCAUCGCGUGACCAACUUCCUACUCUUCGACAUUGCGGCCGACGUAGCCCUCCCGUGCGAGGAACAUCAAUAUCUGUCAGGGGUAAGACCUUCGCCCGACGUAGCGUCACAAUCGCAGCCAUCUAGAUACUCACGCACGGCCGAACAGGAGAUACCGCAGCCAAUGUACAUUGAGGAUUUUGAUGAUCAGCUCUUCUCCGGCGAGGAGCGUCCUUUCUCGUCCUUUGCGUAUCGCAUCGCUGCGGCACGGAAUCUUGGCCGAUUCAUGCGCACACCAACCACGAUAUUCCCGGGAGACGAGAAUGUCGCCAAAGUAGAAGCUCUCCUCACCAACUGGCGCAUCCACCUCCCAGAGUCCAAGAGGUACAAUAUCAACAAGAACUGCCAACUCGACGAGAUGAUGUUCCAGGCGCAUUUCAUCACUUUUGCCUGCACCAUCAUGCUCCACCAACCGCUGUCGCAGCUCGAUUCGUCCCCAGCACGCUCCGUGACAUCUUGCGCACCUCACCGUCAGGUCGCCAGCGGGCAGGACUUCAACACGCACACGCAGUUCACCAUCACGGCCGCCUACGAGAUCAGCAAGAUGAUCACCCAGCCCGUGCCGCUGCUCAGCCACACCCACUUCUUCACGUGCGUCGUGACGCUGUCGUCGAUCGUGCACCUGUCCAAGUGGGCGCUCUACUUCAUCCAGGACGAGGACGACCUCCGGCAGCAGAUCCGGCUCAACAUCGGCGCGCUCGGCAAGCUCAGCAACGUGUGGAAGGCCGCCAACACGGCGUGCGUCCAGGUCAAGGGCGUCGCCCAGGAGAUCUACCGGGCCAAGAAGGCCCAGCAGAUCAACCCGGCCUUCUGGGUCGGCUUCACCCAGGAGCAGAUGAUCACGUCGCUGAACGCCGACGAGGGCAUCAUGAGCGAGUUUGACGGCAUGGGCAUGCUGUCGCAGGUGACUACGGCGCCAUGA